GGGUACAGGGAUAGCUGUAUACAAUAACAAAAAGGAGUAGUCUUUAGCAACCACAAAGUCGGCAGCGACGACGAACGAACGAAUAUGGAUGAAACACUCUUUCAAUUGAAGUUCACAUCCAAACAACUGGAGAGACUGGCAAAGAAGGCAGAGAAGGACUCGAAAGCAGAGCAAGCUAAGGUUAAGAAGGCCCUCCAGCAGAAGAAUGUGGAGUGUGCGCGAGUGUACGCGGAGAAUGCUAUCCGUAAGAAGAAUGAGGGGCUCAACUGGCUCCGAAUGGCCUCUCGCGUAGAUGCUGUGGCUUCCAAGGUCCAGACUGCGGUCACCAUGAAGGGAGUGACAAAGAACAUGACCCAGGUCACCAAAGCUCUAGACAAGGCUCUGAACUCCAUGGACCUGCAGAAGGUGUCAGCUGUCAUGGACAAGUUUGAGACUCAGGUUCAGAAUCUGGAUGUGCACACCUCGGUGAUGGAGGACUCGAUGAGUUCGGCCACCACCCUGACCACGCCCCAGGACCAGGUGGAUGACCUCAUCGUUCAAAUAGCGGAGGAGAGCGGGCUGGAGGUGAUGGAUCAGCUCAGCCAGCUGCCAGCCGGAGCCACCUCCGUUGGGGAGACCUCGUCACGCUCUCAGGAGAAGGAGGAUCAACUCUCACGCAGGUUGGCUGCCUUACGGAACUGAGCCCGUCUCUGAGGCUGUUUCCCUGAGAGGGGGCAGGAUGGACUGCUGCUUGGACACAGACUAUGAGGGCAGAUGGAGUUCUGUGAUUGAAUCGAACUCUUCUUACUCUGAGGACCUGACAAGGCUAUUGAUUUUUACCCCACCCCACCCCCCAGCCACAUCUAUUUAUAUACACACUCGUCUGUGUUGCCGAAAAUACUGUCUGAGUGGGUGUCUUUUCU